AUGGCUUCUCUUACGCCUAGAGUGUUAAUCAAGCUUCUCCAGACGAUGGACACAAACAUCAAGGUUCGAGGGGAAUAUCGGUCUGUGCUCUUGCAGGUAAUCAGCAUUGUCCCUGCUUUAGCCGGCUCAGAGCUUUGGCCAAACCAAGGCUUUUUCAUCAAAGUCUCAGAUUCUUCUCACUCCACAUAUGUCUCAUUGAGGAACGAAGACAACGAACUUAUCUUGAACAACAAGCUGGGACUGGGACAGUUCUUCUACGUUGAUAAGCUUGAAGCUGGGACUCCUGUUCCUGUAAUGGUGGGAGUUAGACCGAUCUCUGGACGCCAUCCUUUUGUAGGAAAUCCAAAAGACUUGAUGCAAAUGUUGGUACCUAGUGAGACAGCACCUAUGCAAGAACAAAACCACAAACAGAAGAAGAAAGAUGGUGCCAGAUCAAACGUGGUGGUGAAUCUAAGAAGACAUCAACACUUUGUAAUCAAGGAAGAGAAAACAGGUGUGGCAUCAAGAUAUAUGAAAGGUGUUUCAACCACAAAGGCAAGUGGAUCAGACUCGAGUAGCGGAGGUAGCAACAAUGAGAGCGAGACUGGAUUGAUGAUGGCCACAAAGAAAGUUGGUGGAUUGGCUAAGGGCAAGCAACGAGAGCACAAAGAUCAGGCACGUCAAGCUGGUCCUCCAGAAUCUCGGCCUGCGACAGCUCCAACUAAAGUAGAGCCAAAGAAACUCCCUUUGAGCUCCACAGUGAGUUUUAUAAACAGGAAGAGUAAUAUUUCUGAGGAUGCAUCAUGGAGCUCUCUGCCUGUUAGUCUAUCAAAAAUGGGUAAAGGGAUGCUAAGAAGGAGAAACAUUGCUGUUCUGCUUUCCACAGAAGUACAAAGAGAGGCAUUGGCUGCUUCACAUCUUCUCAAGUGUAUCAGUAUGUUUGCUGACCUCAGCUCAAGUGCUUCACCAAAGAAUCCACAUACCUCUCUCAGAAACUUCUUCACCCUCCAGAGUCUCCUUGAUCAAGAACAAGUCACUGCUGCAUCGAAAGAUAAAGCGUUCCAGCUGAUGAAUGUUCAUUCUUUAUUGAAUGAGCCUGACAAGCUGAGCAAAAAAGCUAGUCUGAUUUCAAGCAGAACCACAACAAAGUUUUCAAAAUCUUCAAAAACUCUAACCGAAGCUGAGAAGCUAGAAUGGGUUAAGGGAAAUGGUACAGAAGAGAUAAAACAACUGAGAAAUACAAUGAAACAAGAAACAAGAAGCUGGUUUUUAAAAUUCUUGGAAGAAGCAAUAGAUACUGGAUUUCAGGCUAGUGUUCUGGAGAAGAAAGGAAAAACCAAAGGAGGGCGAGUGGCGGAACCAGAUAACCAUAUUGCUGAGACUUUAUCCCAACUUAAGCAAGCAAACGAAUGGCUGGACAAAGUUAAAAGUGAACAUCACUCUACUGAUAAUUCUUUGUUAGAGAAUAUAGAACGAUUGAAGAAGAAAAUAUACUCUUGCUUGCUACAUUACGUAGAUUCAGCAGCAUCAGCUAUUGGAGGAUCAGCAAGCUCGUGACAGACGAGACAAAAUGAUAAGAUGUGCUAAGUUUCCAACAAUGAAAUAACUAUACACAUCGAACUAGAGCCUAAGCUAUACACAUUGUUUGCGCUAA